AUCUUUAACAAAAAGCUGUACCUAGCACUAUUUUAUAUCUAUAAUGGAUGAAAAUUAAGACUUCAGGUUGAAAGGCUAAAUAAUUUAUCAUAUGAUGCUGAGAAUAUUAGUGCGUAGGAACACGCGCUCUGCAAUUUGUGAGGAAGACGCCGAGAGGUCGCCAUAUUGUCACAUGUCUAGGUUUUGGGCUCACAUGACCUGUUGUUUGGCCCCGUGAUCACUCGCUUCCUGGCAAAUUCAAAACAUUCAUUCCUAACCACAUGGAUAUGCUGGAUCAAGCACUGGACAGCAAUUCCCAAGACAAGAAUAACGAUUCGGCAUCAGAUGAUGCAUCACAGCUUCACUCUGAUGUAAUCUGCGCAGUGACGGAAGGUGUGGAAGUGGACAGCCAGGCAGCGGCUGCUGCCAUAGCCAGCGUUUCAUCACAGGCCAUCUUGGACCCUGGCAUCCAGUACCAGUUUCGGACUGAGAAUGGUCAAGGCGGGGUCACCUAUCGUGUGGUCCAAGUGGCCGCGGCGCCGGAAGGCACAGAGGCCGCCAGCGGGCAAGUGGUCACCACGGCAGCACUUGUUGGCCAACAGGUAGCACAGGCCAUAAUCUCCAGCCCCUUUGCCGCCACCACAGCUAAUGGAGGCUCCAGCCCCACAGCAGAAGGAGGCCAGUUCUAUGUGAUGAUGUCACCCCAGGAUGUCUUGCAGACUGCACCAAGGACAUUAGCACCGCGAUCCCACAGCUUCAGCUCCAAAUCAGAAGGAAACAGGACAGCCAGGGAUGAAAGAAGGAGAGCAACACACAACGAAGUGGAGAGGAGGAGGAGGGACAAAAUUAACAACUGGAUAAUCAAGCUUUCUAAAAUCAUUCCCGACUGCACAAGUGACCUGAACAAAUCUGGGCAGCCAUCGUCCGUGCACCUGCACAGCAAGGGGGGCAUCCUGGCGAAGGCCUGUGACUACAUACAGGAACUGCGUGCGAGCGUUUCACGGCUGCCUGAUGUUAUGAAAGAAAACGAGCGGUUGUCUCUGGACUUGGAGCUGCUGCGGCAACAGUGCGACCAGCUCAGAGCCACCAACCAGCUGCUCAAGGCCCACCUAGAACAGAGUGGCAUCACAGUCACCGAAGUGGUCGAACACACAUCCUAACAAGAACUCUGUGACGGCCUAAAGAAGCAUGUCUAUGAAGAAAAAGGAAGCACCCAAGUGAUACGUUAUGAUCCAGCUUUAGUGGGAAACAACCGGCUCCUGUGCAAGACAACUAGGCUGUCAAGAUCCAGGACUUAGACAAGGUGCUUGCUGUCACGAGGUGUGACAAAGUAUCUUCCAUUCUGCACAUUGUUGAGGAUUCCCUUCUCCGUGCUUGGCCUUUGGGAAAGGAAAGGGUUACAUAGACGGCUUCUGGUGGUUCAACGUGCCUGACAUGCAACCGCCCUCUUUUGUGUGCAUUGAGAGAACUCUCGCAAAGUGAUUUAUUCAUCUCUUCCUUUUGGAUGCUGUGUCCUGGGGACAUUUUUCUCUGCGUGUGUCAUAGUGUCCUGCCUCUGCUACAAAAAGAGGACACAGGGAGAACACUUCCAUGUUUUGUUCAGUGAGACCUAGCUCCCUCGUUUCUGAUGUUUGUGGUUGCGUGAGGAGGGGAGCUACUGUUUCGUGUGUGUAGUGAUCAAUUCUUUUGGCCUCUUUGCCUUAGUUGGCACUGCCUGAGUGAAAAAUUUAAAAGCACCAUGUUCUGGAUAAUUGCGUCUGCAAGAACCGCAUACUUUUUUUUUCUUGUGCCAAUUUAAGGUUGAACUCUUACGUGCAGUUUGUUAUAGAGCAUCUUAAUGCGUGAGGCCUUCUAGGCGGUUUAUAUAUAUCCAGCUUCUGACAUUUAGGAAGCUGUAAUAAUAAUAAAGAAAGGGCCACAGCUUCAUAAGGCUUUGUUAAGGCAGCAUGAUGCAGUGUCAGAGAAGCAUAGUACCUGCUUAGUGUGGUUGUACAUUGCAUCUAAGUUCCCCUUCCCCCCUUGGGAAGCAUUUGGAAAGUUUAGUUCCAGUGCCUUUGCGUUUGUACUGGAAGAGAUGCUGGCAUCUAGUCAUUGUUCUAAUUUGUGCCUGCAUGAGUUCAUUCUGUUGAUUGUAUUGUAUCGAGGUCUGAGUAACAGUUGCAAACUGUGAAGAUGAUGCGAUUGCCUGUUUACUGUUGUCUUUGCCACCUUCUCCACUCUGUGCUGCUUUUCUUCGAGUUGAGCCUUGGCGCAUCUUCAAAGUAUGUGAGUUCAUGUUGCUCCGCCAUCUGAAAGAACGAUGGCAUGAACCAAAUAAAGGUACCAGACAUCCGUGAAGUGUUUGCAAAGUAGUGUUACCUUUUGUAUUGUGUCAUGUGAAAGCACCCACAAUGAGCUGGUCUUGAGAGGCAAGUCAUGACCUGCAUCAUUUCUCCUGCAAGGCUUUGGUGAUGGUGCGUAGCGUGUGUAUGCGUGUGGCCAGUCCGGACAGUGGUUUUCAUACUACUGCCUAGCCUGUGGCAGAAAGCAUUUGUAAAUUGUGCCGAAUGCUUGGCACCUUUGUAGUGUGAGUAAUAUGGAGUUGGCUGGAGGUAUGUGUUGGCUGUAACCCCUCUUGGAGAGCCAAAUGGUCAGAAAAGUUUUGUCAUUGGUGUUUUAGCAUAGCUUAAAUGUACUGGCAUAGUCUCAUACUGCGGCACCAGGUGACGACGGGAAAGUCAUAGGUGGUGAUGACUGCUUGUGACAUUGCGUUCAACAACGCAUUCAAAAUGAAAGCUGUGGUGAUCCCUUGUGUUGCAUGGCACUUCUCACAGCCGACAGACUUUUCCUGGGAGAUCUACGCAGCAUAGUUGCCCAUUGCAAUAAGAGCUCUACGCAUUUUCGUUUAAAGCAUUCUCACAAGAUGUUUCCAUCAGCAUUGCUGCUCCUGUGUGCAUCUUUCUGGAUUCCACUUUAUGUUUAUGUUAGUAUAUCUACGCUAUGCUAAAAGCUCUCUUGUCAGCAGUUGUUGCACAGAGCUUCAUCGAAUGUUGUGACGCAAGACUUCUAGCAGCACAGUGAAUCAUUUAGAGAGCACUUGUUUUUUGUAUGUUGAAUGUCGUGAGAGUGGGGCAUUGAUUGGAGAAACACUUUCUUACGAGCUAUACUAGGCAGUACAGUUUGUCAUGAGCAUGUCUACUCAUCAUAGUUUUUUUCCACUGUUGUCUGUUCUACAAGUUUACUUAUAUGUGAGAAAGAACCUUUGCUGAUGUAGGCUUGUUUGUGAGCAUUUCACUGUUUACUUUCUUUGGGCAUCCGGCAGGUGUAAGGUUGUUGUGCUAUGUUCAACCCUGUGUUGUAGCAUUAAUGCUUUCAAGCCUCUUUUUUUUUUUCUUCCUGUGCCAGUAAACACAUUGUUUUCAGAAAAGAUUUUCAAUAAAUGAAACCUGAUGGACUACAGUGCGUGCACAUAGCAAUUCUGGUGUUCCUCUGAUUUGCAAGGCUUGUCUUUGAAUUUUGCAAACAAAUGGUAUGGUAAGAUGUAAAUGUGUUUUCUGAUUUGUAGUAGAGAUCUCUUAAUAAAUGUUACAUUAAGUGCA